GCUGCUGCCGCCGCUGCCACAGCCUUUGCCGCCACGGUCUCGCUGCCGCUGUCCCUGUGCCGCCUCCGGGAGCCCCCUUAUUGUCCCGGCGUCAUCGGGUUGCCAGGCCAGAAGACCCCAAAGCUCGGGAAACGCGAGGGUGCUUGCGGAAUUGCGACACUGGGGCGCCGGCGGGACCGGGAGCGGCAGGGGUCAGCGCGGGAAGCCGGGCCAGAGCGUGCGGGGCAGGAGCCGGGGUGGCCAGCUCCCCGCCCCGGAGUUCGGGUUUCCCCCUCCCGGCCCGUCUUUCCCCGCUGGCCUCCCCACGCGGGGUCGGAGCCCCGGCGGGCGCCCCCGGCGAUGAGCCCGGACUGGAGGUGGCCGAUGUGACAGCAUGGGGGUGGACUUUGAUGUGAAGACCUUCUGCCACAACUUGCGGGCAACUAAACCACCAUAUGAAUGCCCUGUGGAGACCUGCCGCAAGGUUUACAAGAGUUACAGUGGUAUUGAGUACCACCUGUACCACUAUGACCACGACAGCCCACCACCCCCACAGCAGACCCCACUGCGCAAGCACAAAAAGAAAGGGCGCCAGUCACGACCAGCCAAUAAGCAGUCACCCAGCCCCUCUGAAGUCUCACAGUCACCAGGCCGAGAGGUGAUGAGUUAUGCUCAGGCCCAGCGCAUGGUAGAGGUGGACCUGCACGGCCGUGUCCACCGAAUCAGCAUCUUUGACAACUUAGAUGUGGUGUCAGAGGAUGAGGAGGCCCCUGAGGAGGCUCCAGAGAAUGGCAGCAAUAAGGAGAACACGGAGACACCCGCGGCUACACCUAAGUCAGGCAAACAUAAGAACAAGGAGAAGCGCAAGGACUCCAACCACCACCACCACAGUGCACCCGCCAGUGCUGCUCCCAAACUGCCAGAGGUGGUGUAUCGUGAGCUGGAGCAAGACACCCCUGAUGCACCACCCCGGCCCACUUCCUACUACCGGUACAUCGAAAAGUCUGCAGAGGAACUGGAUGAGGAAGUGGAAUAUGACAUGGAUGAGGAGGACUACAUCUGGCUGGAUAUCAUGAAUGAGCGACGGAAGACUGAGGGUGUGAGUCCUAUCCCACAAGAGAUCUUUGAGUACCUAAUGGACCGGUUGGAGAAGGAAUCCUACUUUGAGAGUCACAAUAAAGGUGACCCCAAUGCACUAGUGGAUGAAGAUGCUGUAUGCUGUAUCUGCAAUGAUGGAGAGUGCCAGAACAGCAAUGUCAUCCUCUUCUGUGACAUGUGCAACUUGGCUGUGCACCAGGAGUGCUACGGUGUCCCCUAUAUCCCUGAGGGCCAGUGGCUGUGCCGCCGUUGCCUGCAAUCACCUUCCCGUGCAGUUGAUUGUGCUCUGUGCCCCAAUAAGGGUGGUGCCUUUAAGCAGACGGAUGAUGGCCGCUGGGCCCACGUGGUGUGUGCGUUGUGGAUACCUGAGGUCUGCUUUGCCAACACAGUCUUCCUAGAACCUAUUGACAGCAUUGAACACAUCCCACCAGCCCGCUGGAAGCUCACCUGCUACAUUUGUAAACAGCGGGGCUCUGGAGCCUGCAUCCAGUGCCACAAGGCCAACUGCUACACAGCCUUCCAUGUGACAUGUGCCCAGCAGGCUGGCCUUUACAUGAAGAUGGAACCUGUGCGGGAGACGGGUGCCAAUGGCACCUCCUUUAGUGUCCGUAAGACAGCCUACUGUGACAUCCACACACCCCCAGGUUCUGCUCGCCGCCUGCCUGCCUUAUCCCACAGUGAGGGUGAGGAGGAAGAGGAUGAAGAAGAAGAUGAGGGUAAGAGCUGGAGCUCAGAGAAGGUUAAGAAGGCCAAGGCCAAGUCCCGGAUCAAGAUGAAGAAAGCUCGGAAGAUCUUGGCCGAGAAGCGGGCAGCAGCACCUGUGGUGUCUGUGCCCUGCAUUCCUCCACACAGACUCAGUAAGAUCACCAACCGCCUGACCAUCCAGAGGAAGAGCCAAUUCAUGCAGAGGCUACACAGCUACUGGACUCUGAAACGACAGUCACGGAAUGGGGUCCCACUGCUCCGGCGUCUGCAGACACACCUUCAGUCUCAGAGGAACUGUGAUCAAGUCGGGAGAGAUUCUGAAGAUAAGAACUGGGCCCUCAAAGAACAGCUCAAGUCCUGGCAGCGGCUCCGGCAUGACCUGGAGCGAGCUAGACUUCUGGUGGAAUUGAUCCGAAAGCGAGAGAAACUCAAAAGGGAGACGAUCAAGAUCCAGCAGAUUGCUAUGGAAAUGCAGCUGACCCCUUUCCUCAUCCUCCUCCGAAAAACCUUGGAGCAGCUCCAAGAGAAGGACACAGGCAACAUCUUCAGCGAGCCGGUCCCUCUGUCUGAGGUAACCGAAUUGGACGAAGUACCUGACUACCUAGAUCACAUCAAAAAGCCCAUGGAUUUUUUCACCAUGAAGCAGAACUUGGAGGCUUAUCGCUACUUGAACUUUGAUGAUUUUGAGGAGGACUUCAACCUCAUUGUCAGCAACUGCCUAAAGUAUAAUGCCAAGGACACCAUCUUCUACAGGGCAGCGGUGCGACUCCGUGAGCAGGGUGGUGCUGUGCUCCGGCAAGCCCGGCGCCAGGCAGAAAAAAUGGGCAUUGACUUUGAGACGGGCAUGCAUAUCCCUCACAACCUGGCUGGAGAUGAGGCCCCACACCACACUGAAGAUGCAGAGGAAGAACGGCUUGUCCUGAUGGAAAACCAGAAACACCUGCCAGUGGAAGAGCAGCUGAAAUUGUUGCUGGAGCGGCUAGAUGAAGUCAACGCCAGCAAGCAGAGUGUGGGCCGUUCCCGGCGUGCAAAAAUGAUCAAGAAAGAGAUGACGGCAUUGCGGCGGAAGCUUGCUCACCAGCGGGAGACUGGCCGGGAUGGGCCUGAGCGUCAUGGCCCCUCUAGCCGGGGCAAUCUGACACCCCACCCAGCAGUCUGUGACAAGGAUGGACAGACAGACAGUGCCGCAGAAGAGAGCAGCAGCCAGGAGACAAGCAAAGGCCUGGGUCCCAACAUGUCCUCAACCCCCGCACAUGAGGUGGGCAGGAGAACCUCAGUUCUGUUCUCCAAAAAGAACCCGAAGACAGCUGGACCGCCCAAGAGGCCGGGCCGGCCCCCCAAAAACCGGGAGAGCCAGAUGACCCCCAGCCAUGGAGGCAGUCCUGUGGGGCCCCCCCAGCUCCCCAUCAUGGGCUCCCUUCGUCAGCGCAAGAGGGGUAGGAGCCCCCGGCCCAGUUCGAGUUCAGACAGCGACAGUGAUAAGUCCACAGAAGACCCCCCAAUGGACUUACCAGCCAAUGGCUUCAGCAGUGGGAACCAGCCAGUGAAGAAGAGUUUCUUGGUAUACCGUAAUGACUGCAACCUUCCCCGGAGCAGCUCAGACUCUGAGUCCAGCAGCAGCAGCAGCAGCAGUGCCGCCUCAGACCGGACCAGCACAACACCCUCAAAACAAGGCCGGGGCAAGCCCUCCUUCUCUCGGGGCACAUUCCCAGAGGACAGCAGUGAAGAUACCUCAGGCACUGAGAAUGAGGCCUACUCCGUGGGCACUGGCCGCGGCGUGGGCCACGGCAGUAAGUACCCUCACCCAAAGUCAGGGGUGCUGGGGACCCAGUUUCAAGGCCUUGCCAGCUCCCCAGCUGAUGAUCCGCCCCCUCUCUCCCAUUCCUGUGAAGUGGUAAGAAAGAGUCUGGGUCGAGGAGCUGGCUGGCUGUCAGAGGAUGAGGACUCCCCAUUGGAUGCUCUGGACCUUGUGUGGGCCAAAUGCCGAGGUUAUCCAUCAUAUCCAGCUCUGAUCAUUGAUCCAAAGAUGCCCCGAGAAGGUAUGUUCCACCAUGGGGUUCCCAUCCCUGUACCACCACUGGAGGUUCUAAAACUUGGGGAACAGAUGACACAGGAAGCCCGAGAGCACCUCUACCUCGUUCUCUUUUUUGACAACAAACGAACCUGGCAGUGGCUUCCCAGAACUAAACUCGUUCCUCUGGGUGUGAACCAGGAUCUAGACAAAGAGAAGAUGCUGGAGGGCCGCAAGUCCAACAUUCGAAAGUCAGUGCAGAUUGCCUAUCACAGAGCUCUGCAACACCGCAGCAAGGUGCAGGGUGAGCAGAGCAGCGAGACCAGCGAUAGUGACUGAUAUUGUCAGAGCCCAACUGCAGUGCUCUGUGACCGCUCUCCUUCCCUUUGAUCACUGUCCUGGAGUGGUGCCGCCCUCUGCACUGAUUAAUUCCUGGUCUUGGGGCCAGUCUCAGGGGAAGUUGGGUAGGGGAGGUCCCUCCUGCCCUGAGUGCAGCUGGACUGUACAAAACACUCCAAGGGCCCAUGGCCACUCAGUGCAAGGAGAGGAGAGGUCCCACAGGUCAAAAAGAGCUCAAGACCUCAUGGUGUUGUAGGGCAGGAUGGUGGGCCAUGGUGAGAAUACUACAUAAAACAGGCCAUACCACCACCCCUACCUGCUUAUGCCAGGGGAAUAACUGCCUAGAGGCCUGAGGCCCUUGCAGGUGGUAAGGUAAGCCGGCAUUAUCCCAGCCUAGCAGUGGAAUUGAUGUCUGUCUAGCCUGGAAGAGGGGCACUAGGUGACCCCUCCCCUGCUGUUGUAAAUACUGUAAUUAUUGGAGAAUUUAAAUUAUUCUCAUUUGUAACUGCGUUUCCGGGUCGCGCCAGAGUCAUUUGGUACUAAAAAAAAGAAAAAGGAAAAAAAAAAAAAAAAGAAUGGAGCUUGUCUCUAUUUCCUUUCUUUUCCCAUAGAAUCCCCCUACCUUUCAAACUGGUUUGUAUUUAUUUCAAAGGAAGAAAAUAUAUUGAUUCUUAGAAAAUAAAGUCUACUUAGAGUUC